AGGGUUUUUCUUCCUCCCAGUGCAGUAUCGUUGAGAAAUAAGGGGAAAAAAUGGUGUCGCUGAAACUGCAGAAGCGGCUGGCCGCAAGCGUGCUCAAGUGUGGCAGAGGAAAGGUGUGGCUUGACCCCAAUGAAGUCAACGAAAUCUCCAUGGCCAAUUCUCGGCAAAACAUCAGGAAGUUGGUUAAGGAUGGGUUUAUCAUCAGGAAGCCAACCAAGAUUCACUCACGCUCGCGUGCUCGUAGGAUGAAGGAGGCAAAGAAGAAGGGCCGGCACUCUGGUUAUGGUAAGAGAAAGGGUACAAGGGAGGCGAGGCUUCCCACCAAGAUACUUUGGAUGAGAAGGAUGCGUGUGCUCAGGCGGUUGCUUCGUAAGUACAGGGAAUCAAAGAAAAUUGACAAGCACAUGUACCAUGAUAUGUACAUGAAGGUGAAAGGUAAUGUUUUCAAGAACAAGAGAGUCUUGAUGGAGAGCAUUCACAAGUCCAAGGCUGAGAAGGCAAGAGAGAAGACUUUGUCUGAUCAGUUUGAGGCUAAGCGUGCAAAGAACAAGGCUAGCAGGGAAAGGAAACUUGCUCGGAGGGAGGAGCGCUUAGCCCAAGGUCCUAUUGACAAGACAUCUACUGCACCCAGUGCCCCAGCUGCCACAGCACCCCAGUCUACCCAAGCGCCAAAGAAAUUCAAGAAGUGAGUAGCAUAUCCUGGAAUUCAAAGGACGUGGAGUCUUUAAUAGCUCUGGCAAAAUCUUUAGUCUGCUAAAGUAGUUGUGACGAAUCUCUUUUUGUUGGUUUAGACUUUGUAAGUUUUGGAUGUAUAAGAACUUCAUAUCUUGCAUAUUUUAAAUUAUAUAUUUUGUUUGUUGGUGUUUACUGAUUUUUGGUAUUAAGAUUCAUCUAGUUGCGGAAA